AUGGCGUGAUGCAGUGCAUGAUAUGCAGAUCGUUUGGCUACUUUUUUAAACAUCUUUGCGUCUGGCCAGUAACUAGAUGGACGGCCACAUAGAGUGUUGUAUCUAUAGCUAGGGGGAACUUAAAUAAACCUAACAGGUUUGAUGUCCCAAAAGUGAGACAUAAACAAAUAUUGUUUUUUGCCUAAUUAAGGCUGUUGACAUGAAAGCGACUUUGAAAUUGGAAUGGAAAUGCACAUUUCAAACUUUGUGAUGCACUAGUCACAUGUUAUCAGAAUUGUUUUAAUUUGAUCUGGGAGAAUCUCAUCACUUGUUCCUGAAUGGUAUUGCCACCUUGGAUGGAAAAUAAACCCUUGCUUUAUCAUAACAUAAGUAAAUAUUGAUUAGGUUUGUGUGCAUAUUUGGCAAAAUGAAGGGCAGGUUAUUGAUAGGUCCAUUUUCGUUGUUGUUGUUGUUGCUUUGUAGGUUACUACUGCACAAAAUCUAGUUAUGUUUAGUAUAAACAGGUCUAUUAUGAUGCUCAAGAUUUUUCGCAAGUUAUCUUCACACCAAAGCUGUUCAAAGUCAAUCUGGUUUUGAGUGUUUUCCUACAUUGCUCAGUUCAAAUGACUGAAAUUGGUGUUACCAGUGAAUUGCAGUUUUAAAUACUAGAAGAGUUUCAUCUAUUACUUUUAGACUAUAGCUGCUUCAAUGACCAAUUUGGAGAAUUAAUUGUGCAUUCUCAAUCUUCACUUACAAAAGUUAAGAAAAGCCAAGUGUAAUUAUGGAAUUAAAUUACCACCAAUGAUAUCAGUAUACUGUAUUUACAAAUAAAUCAAGAAAUAGGAAGAUGACACUUAAAAUUCAUCUAUUUAAUUUUUUAUCGGGUAUAAUUGCCAUGUAGAACAUAAUGGUUUGAAGCUGUCUGCACUUCAGUACUAUUGCAAAUAAACCCAUAAAAUACAAUCACACAUUUCAAACACUUAUUCAUAUAAUGCUUUAUCAUUUGUAAGCAUGUGCAAUAUGUCCAUCAGUUUAUUAAUUAAUUGCUUUUUCUCAUACGUUUUAUCUCAAAACCACCACCAUGCUGCAACUUAUCUGUAUCUUUAUUACAUUACAUAUAAAUUUUAACAGAAAACUAAAUCUUCUCAUUUUCCUCCCCAUAAAGUUGAUCUUACUGCGUGCUCUUUCAACAGGAAUUCCCGUAGAUGGAGGGAGUGACUGGCUGUGUCUCAAUCGUGAUUUUGUUGAAUAUGUAGUUAACAGUCAGGAUCAGCUUGUGAAAGGCCUCAAGAAAUUUUAUUCCUAUUCACUGUUACCUGCCGAGUCAUUCUUUCAUAUUGUCUUGCUCAAUUCGCGAUUCUGCCAGUCAUUCACGGACAACGAUCUCCAUGUAACUAACUGGAAAAGGAAACUGGGUUGCAAGUGUCAGUACAAACACAUUGUUGACUGGUGCGGAUGCUCACCCAAUGACUUCAUUAUAGGAGACUGGCUCAAGCUCGAGGCUUCUUCAUCACGCAACCUGUUUUUUGCUCGUAAGUUUGAGCCAGUGAUCAGCCAAGCAAUUAUUAACCAGGUGGAUGCAUGGCUUUACACUCCCUACUACUCUUCCACUUCUGGGCUAGAGAGUUACUGGGAAAAUCGCUACCAUCACAAGGACAAGCUGGAUGGUGGAAAUGCUGCAGCCUUGACGCUCUACCAUGCAGGGGCUGGACUCGGUGCCAGGGCGUUGGCUCAGCUCGUCAACGCCGAGAAUAGCAAAUGCAAUGUGUAUGCAACUUCAGUUCUUCAGGUUCAUUCAUACCAUCUUGGUGAUACAGUCAAGGUAGUUUCCCACAACUCUGAUAUGCGUAAACCAUUGCUGCCCGGGUCAUGGAUGGUUAGAGUGAUGAUUGAUAAUGUUGUGAGAGCCUCACACUCGUUCCUCAUACUGCCGCUGCAGGUCGUGCACGGCCGCCAAAUAUCAGUCAAAGAGGCCAGGACACUACACAAAGAGCCAUCGGGAUCCUACACUGAUCCAGAUCUCAGUAAUAUUGGCCUCCUGCGUAGUUUGGGACAUCAUGGCAACUCCUCAGCACAGGAAGUCUUUGCCUCUCACUCAACUUUAUAUGGUCCACAGCUGUCACAGUGGAUCGAUGUGCUAGUCACAAGGUACAGUGAGCCCUUUAAGGGAUGCAUUCCAGUAAAACUUCAGCACAUUGAAUUUGUGAAUAUUGACAUAAAUGGUACAUUUGUGAACAUUGAAUGAGGGCAAAUAGGGAAUGCAUUCUAGUGACAAUGCAAAAUUUACUUUUUGCUGCUGCUAUAUAUUUUAUCUAAAUAUUGUUGUUAUUACACCUUAUCUAAAGGUUGUUAUUAAGUAAUCCUGCUACUAUCCAGCCACAUACAGUAUUUAGUGUAGUUUUGUAGAAAGUACUUUUGCACAAUCACCAGUGAUGUACAGUUCACUCCCACUUCUACACACUAUAAUUUAGCGACCUCCACUUGAAUGUAGUGUAAACAGUUACACCAAUAUUACUGUUUAUUUUCUAAUUUUACACUUGUUGUUAGCCAUCAUCACCAAGAACUUUAUAAUUUUUUGAGCUAUUACAUUUACUUGAUCUGUGAUGUAUCAAUAAACCAUAUUAUGCAGUCAUAUAUCAUUAUGGAACUGGCACUAUUGUCGUCAUAUCUUCAGCCAUGUUAUUGUGACUCAUCGUCUGCAUAUAACCCGGUGACUGUUACAGGAUUAACAGACUGAAGUCAAGUGCUAUUAGAUAUUAUCUGUUCAAUCCAUGUUCAUAGUGAAGGAUUGAGGUUAUCAGAGUUAUGUGUGUGAUCUACAGAUUAUCACCGCUUGAUUACUGAAAGAUUUGAAAUAAUUCUAAACUUGCUACCCGAUUCUUUUGUUUUGUGAAUAAAACCCACCCUAAAGUGCCGACCCAGGGUCCACAAGUGUGUGUACCAUACACGUUGCAGUGUGAAAGUCCAGCUUCGCACACGGAGCCAACACGUUCAUUGUUCCGUGAUGCCCUGCCCCAUGUCUCACGUACGUCAUGCAUGUUCUUUGGAGUUGCCAUCCAUUACGUUGACCGAGUAACCUCGCAUGUUCAACCACGUGUGGUAGUGAAUGAGGUUAAUGAGAAGAAGAGACCGCCAUCUAUGCAAUCCAUGAGUCAAGCCAGUGUCAGUGCAGCCAACACAUCAUCAUCCAGCUAUUAUGGAUGUGUGUUUGUAUUGGGAGGGAAUGUGUCAAGGCCGGCCCACAGUAAGUACAAAUCUCUACUGCUUUUCCCAGGGUUGCCCCGUGUAGAUCUUGGUAAUUAACCGACCGAUUAAGUAUACCUCCUUUCCAACCACUUCAGUUGAGUGGUAGAACAACUGAGGUGACCCACAAAUGUCAAGAUGUUUACCUGAGUGGGAAGUGCUCUGGGUACUUGUUCUUUGUAUAAGUGAAUUAACAUACACCACAUAUAGUCUCUCAGUGAUGUAUGUUUAUUUCAAUGAUUAAUAGAUCAUUGUGAAAUUGAUUUCAGUGAUACAGUGAUAUUGUGUGCAUUAUUGGUGUCAUUGAUGGUGUUACUGUGAAUUUCUUGAUAUUGUUGUGUAUUGCCCGAGUGUUCUGUUGGAACUCCAAUCAGAUGUCGUUAGGCAGUAACUGUCGGGGUGUUCACUAUUAUUCAGUUACUUUACUAUUGUUCCGUGCAAGUGAGUAGAGACCGUGUGUCUUCUCAUAUCAACACCGUGGGAACGAUUCCUGCUGUGUGUGAUUUGUAUGGUUUUGUUGAGCCACUCUUGAUUAAAGUAAUGUAAAGCUCCCAAUGUAUUAA